AUGCUGCUGUAUGACGAGAGUAUUGACAUUAAAAUACCAAACGAAUAUAAAGACAUAUCCAACUUAAUUGCAGCCCAGAACUACCAGUACAUGUUUGUGGGCGGAUCCGAUCAAGACGAGGUUUUGAUUGUUGACUUGAUGCAGCCUGUGCCGGACGUGGACUUGCACAUUGAGGACAUUCUGGGCAUGAACGACGUUGAUGGCGCAACUGUGAUUUCUGUGGAAUACACAUCAGACGAGUUCAAGCAGGGCAUACACACGUUCUUGAACAAGUACAGGUCCAAGGUUGGCAUUGUGCAGAGAGACAGGCACCCAGGCAUGCUCAACUGGAUGUGCACGCGCAUCGACGGAUACAUAUCUCGAAACGACGGGAAAGUGCGGCGCAUGCACAUAUACAUAGGAGUCACCAAGCACACGCUUUCCGACAUAGUCAUCAGCCUUUUCAAAGAGGGCGAUAUUGACCAAAAGCAGGAAGAAAGCAUAAAGGAGAUGAUAAGCACUGUGCAGGUUAUAAACUCCGACAUAUUUGUUACAAAGUAG